AUGCCAAAGCACAAUUUUGCAAUGUUGACAUGUGUUAGUAAAACCGUACAUAUCAUUACAACUACUUUGUACAUCCAGGUGGAAUAUACCUUGGUUUUUUCAGGACAAAUUGGACUUUCAUUUGGUGGUAAAUGGAGCACGCAAUGCAGCGCGCUCCCAGCACAAAGACAGGUACAUAUGCGGACCCACGGAAAAAAGCCCAGUUCUGUGAGGCCGCAUAUUUGUGUGACAUCAGCGUCAAGGUGUUAAGGUUCCUAGGUUUGG